GGGAAAGGAUGGGGGAGGGGCCGGGAAGCUGAUGAAAUUUCCAACAUAUAAAUAGGCAACAACGCUGUCCAGUAUCAUAUCUACUGUUGUAGUGUGAACAGAGCAUCGACAUGGUUGGACUGUUUCAGAUCUGUAUGCUAGCUGUGGUUGCGGUGGCCAGUGCUGCCCCCCAGAACAAACCGAUUGCCAUCCUCAGACAAGAGUCCGAAGGUCCCAAUGCCGAUGGAUCCUACAGAUUCAGUUACGAAACUGAGAAUGGAAUCCGUGGAGAGGAGGCCGGUCAGCUACUGAACGCCGGUUCUGAGAAAGAAGCUAUCAGCGUGCAAGGAUCCAACAGUUACACAUCCCCCGAGGGUCAGGUGAUCAACCUGAUCUACACAGCUGGCGAGCAGGGAUUCGCUCCUCAAGGAGACCAUCUGCCGACUCCCCAUCCCAUCCCUGAAGCCAUCCAGAGGGCUCUGGAAUUCAUCGCCUCUCAACCCUCCACCCCUGAAACCCCCGGCAGGAGGUUCUAGAGUCUCUAACCUAAUACUGUAUAUAAAGCACACGUCGUAAGUAAUCUUCCGGACGCCUCCACCACAACGAGUGAUGAUCAUCGUGUACAGCUUCUGCACAUCCAGUUACCUCAUACUUCCUCUCCUCUCUUCGUUGUUUCCUGACUGUAUGUUGCAUCUGUGUAAUUACAUUUUUUUACGAAAUUUUUAAAAA